AUGAUCUACGGAAUAUUACUUGAAAGUUGUCGAGAUGGUAUUUGUCAUACAUAUGGAACAUCAGUAUGGCAAAGACUUGUCGAAGAAUUAAGUUUUGAAUCUGAAUCAUUUACAACUCUUGGACGUUAUGAUGAGACUCUCAUUGAAAGACUUGCUGAAUGUCUUGCUGAAACUUUAAAUGAUGGUGGACCAGAUUUUUAUAUGCAAUAUUUUGGCGAAUGUUUUGUAAAUUUUUUUACAAACUAUGGCUUCGAUAAAAUUUUACGUGUAGCAGGUCGACAUUUUCGUGAAUUUCUUUUUUCAAUUGAUCAACUUCAUGAUUCAAAUAGAUUUAGUUUUCCAAAAAUGAAAUCACCAUUAUUUCAUGUUACAGAUGAAGAUGACAAUGGUGCAGUUUUACAUUAUAAAUCAAAACGUCGAGGUUUUCAACAAUAUAUCAUUGGACAAUUAAGAACAUGUGCAUCAAAAUUUUUUAAACAAGAAAUAUUUAUUCGUAUUCAGGAUGAUUUAUCAUCAAAUGAAUAUACGCAUAUUGUUUUUCGUGUGGAUUUUAAUAAUAAGUUAGCAAGUCAAAUUAAAACAUCUCUUGUGAAAAAUCCAAAAUUACCUAAUGUGACCGGUGCAACAUUUUUUAAAGUAUUUCCAUUUGCUAUUUUAAUUGAUGCAAAUAUGCGUAUACAUCACAUGGGAAAUAAAAUAAAAUUUAUUUUUCCAGCUGGUACUGUAUUACAUGGUCGUCAUUUUGAAGAUGUUUUUCGUCUUAUUCGACCAGAUAUAUUACUUGAAUGGAAUCGAGUACUUGCUUAUGGUCGACAUUUAGUAUUUGUAAUUGAAAAUCGAAUACCACUUCGUCCGAAUGCAUCUGUACUUGCAAAAAAAUUUGGUACAACAGCAUCUAAUGUACAACUUCGUCUUAAAGGGCAAAUGAAAUCACUUCCUGCUUGGAAUAUGAUUGUUUUUCUUUGUCGUCCAGUAUUAACAACAACAGAAGAAAUGCUUGGUGUUGGUUUAUUUUUAGAUGAUUUAAAUUUUUAUGAUGGUAGUAGUGAAAUUCUUAUUGCUGGUAUGCAACAUGCUCAAACAUUACAAGCAGCUAUUGAUAAACAACAAGCAUGGAUAGGUAAAUUAAAAAAUUCCAAACGUGAAUUACAAGAAUGGCGUCGAAAAGGAAAACGUCUUCUAUAUAAUAUGAUGCCAAGACAUGUUGCACAAUUAUUACAAGAUGGUGUUUUAGCUAAUUCAAUAUGUGAAUCUCAUAAAUUAAUAACGGUUCUUUUUGCAUAUUCAAUUGAUUUUAAAGAAGUUGUACAAAAGUUAAAACCAGAACAAAUUGUUGAAUCAAUAAAUGCAACUGUAAAUGCAUUCGAUCAAUGUGCAGAACAUUUUGAUGUAUUUAGAGUUGAAACAAAAGCAGAUUCAUCUUAUAUGGUCGUAUCUGGUAUACAAGAUCGUUCAGCAGCUCAACAACGACGUGAAUCAAUAGCUAGUGGAUCAACAUUACAUAGUGUAGCACUUACUGAAGAUCUUGCUAGUGAUGUGAAAAAUCCAUUAGGUCUUAAUCAAGCAGAAAUUAUUGCUGGACUUUCGCUUGACUUAGUUAAAAGUUCCAAACGACUUAUCAAUCCAAUGACACAACAACCAUUUCGAGUGAAAAUUGGUUUUCAUUCCGGUUCAGCUGUUGGUGGAAUUGUUGGUGCAAAAAAUUUUCAAUAUUGUCUUUUUGGUGAUACAAUUAAUACGGCAAGUCGAAUAACAACGACAGGAGAACCAGGACGAGUUCAUAUGAGCGAUACAUCUUAUGCACUUCUUAAAGAUACAAUUUAUUUUGAAAUUCAAAAUAAAGGCAAAACGGAACUUAAAGGUAAAGGUGCAGUUGAAACAUAUUGGUUAAUUGGUCCGAAAUCUGAUUAUACAUCUGCUAUUGAACAAGAUCCAUUUCGAUAUCAGGAUGAAACUCAUGCAGCAAUUAGUCAACAUCAAGCAACUAUGUAUGAAACUACGACUAAAUCAAAAUUGGAUGUUAAUCCUGCAGCAGAUCAUUCACCAUCAAUAAAACGAUCAUCAAAUUUUCAACAAAGACCAGGAUCAACUAGCAGUGGUAGCUGUCCAUUUAGUGGUCAACACCUUGGAACAAAAACAAGUACAUAA